UUGAACGAAAGAACGUACAAAACCGAAAGUGGUGAAUCUUAUUGUAAUGGAUCUGGCUAUCAAGAGAGUGUAACUUGUAUCACAGAUGAAGAUGAAAGAGAGCAUAAAAAAACCAAAAGUGGUGAAUCUUAUUGUAAUGGAUCUGGCUAUCAAAAGAGUUCAACUUGUAUCACAGAUGAAGAUGAAAGGGAGCAUAAAAAAACCGAAAGUGGUGAAUCUUAUUGUAAUGGAUCUGGCUAUCAAGAGAGUUCAACUUGUAUCACAGAUGAAGAUGAAAGGGAGCAUAAAAAUUUUGAAAUGAACAGAAGCCGCAAUACCAGAAAAUAUUAA